UCUGAAGCAAGAAUGAGUAAACCACACAGCCCUGUGAUUUAUAUCAGAGAAAAUGAUGUGGCACGAUUUGAAUGCUCUGUUUCUGGGUUUCCGUCGUCUGAAAUAAGAUGGUUUAAAGAUAAUGUCACUCCGCUGGAUUAUACAGAUGAUAUAAGAAUAACAGAAGAUAUUUCUACUUGGUUUACUGCUGAUUACGAAACAGCUUAUGACUUUAGCUAUUUGAAUUAUACUGCAAAACGGACUGAUAACGGCAUGUCAAUUUACUGCACAGGAAAUAACUCUGCUAAUCGGUCUCCCGUGUUGUCUUCAUUGAAGCCAAUAUUGUUUGUUCAAGCGACCCACUGCCUAAAGGAAGUUGACUUACGUAUGAUGCAAUGGGAGAAGACGGACCUGGGAAAAAAUGCGUCCGUAUCAUGUUCAUCGUACCUCCCAGAAUUGUCAGGCCUUAUUUCCCGUCAAUGCUUGGAAAAUGGAACCUGGAUGCAGCCGAUAUAUGACUGUAUAAGUACUGAUGUAGCAGAUAUACAGGAUAUCGUUUUCAGAAUCAAUAGCGGGAAUUUCUCUAAAGAAAUCGGAAAAGUUCUUCAGAAGGCAUCGGAAGUGACGGCAAAUCAAGAUCCAGACAAAGCAUUUCUCUGUAAAGAUCUCGACGUGAUAACUCAAACGUUAGAGAAAAUAGUUUCUUUAGAAGACUGGGCAGUUACUUUAAAUCAGUCUAAAAACUUUAUGAUGACUGUAAGCAAUAUUCUUGAAACAAUGAACACAAUCGUCUUGCAAAGCAAUUCUACAAACUUGAAGGAUACUAAGUGUUACCAAGGAGUAUGGAAACUUCUUAAUAUCGCCAGUGCGUUUUCUACAAUUCUUGGAGGAACCUUAGAUGAGACCACUUCUAACAAAGAGAGAACAAUACACACCGAGAAUGUUCUACUUCAGGUGAAUCAAGUGAACAGUUCUAGUUCUGUUGGACUCACGUUUCCAGAUGCCGAUAAAUAUCCUGAACUCUCACAAAUAGCCACUUUAAAACUAUCUGUUGAUUCUUUGAAAGGAUCGACACUGUUCUAUGGUAUACUAUAUAAAAAUGUGUCUGCUUUGCUAGCAGCAGAAACUACAUAUGACAGCUUUAAAAAUGGUUUUCUGAAUUCUGCUGUGAUGGGUGCUAAACUGGACAACUGGAAAAACAAUAGUGACUUCAAAGUUACCAUUAAAUUUCAACACUUGAAGGAAAGUAACUGGCGAAAAACGUGUACUUUCAUGUCUGAAAACAGCACAACGUGGAUGAAAGAAGGGUGCUAUGUGAAAACAUCAGGUUCAACAACAACCACUUGCGACUGUAACCAUUUGACAAACUUUGCAAUUCUUAUGAGUCCUUGGACAGAGAAUAGCGCAGAAACAGAAACAUUGAGAAUCAUAACUAUUGUCGGCUGUUCUUUUUCAACUUUAGGUUUAGUAAUUACUGUCAUGAUACAUUUAUACAUGUGGAGGUAUUUGAAAUCAGAUAGAGCUACUAUUUUGAUGCACUUAUGUGUUGCUAUGGCAACAUCCUAUGUUAUUUUCCUCGGCGGUGUUGACAGAACAAACAACAUUGUAUAUUCUUUAACGAUAUGUGCAGGGUCUUUGAGCAAAACACAAUACGUAGUUAAGUUAUAUGCGUUAAUAAAAUAUUGA